UAUGUUGCAGAAUGGAUGAAAGAGAACGGCCACAGUUCCAUAGAAGGACUGUGUGAUACAGCUUUUGACAUAAGUCUGGAGUGAACCAAGCUAGGCCGCAGCGAGAAAUUACCAGACUUGCUAGAAAUGGAAAAUUACCAGGCUUGCUAAAAAUGGAAAAUUACCAGGCUUGCUAAUAAGGGAAGAGAGAUAAGGUCAUGCUGACCUUGUGCCUAAUGUUGUAAAUAACUUUGAGGAAUUCGCGUAGACAAGAGAGGAAAAAAAAUAUAUGUAGUUAGCUAUCCGCAGAAACCGCAAGUAGGAGGACGUAUGAAAGUGUAAUCCUUUAGAGCUUAGCCAAUCAGCAGAUGAUUUGUAGGCAUAAUUAACUGGAACUGUAUAUAAGACAUAAUUGCGCCGUAAUAAAUCGAAGCUUGCUUUAUCACUCAUAUUGAGUCGGCUGCUUGCUUCCCCUCGCUCGGAGGCGGCACUCAUGCUAUUAACUGAUAUUCUUGCUAAGCGAGAGGCUAGCGUGAGCACAAAGAAGCUCCAUGAGCUCUGUAGGUGGGCGAAUGAAAAAGGACACUUAAAAGACCUGCAAUUGAUGUUUAGUGUGACUGAGUGGCGAGAGAUCGGGGAUUCCCUUUGCGAUGCGAUCCUUAGCGGCAGCAAGUUGGCCAAGGACUUGGGGACUACCUGGCGGGAGGUCAUGAACCAUUUACGAUCAAUGGUUGUGGAGAAAAAAAUGGCUAUGGCUGCCUCAGACCUCCUCGGUUGGGAAACCGAGUCGGAGUCUACCCGAUUAUUUGGUCUAGGCGCUCCGUCUGCAAAAGGCAUAAUUGUGCCUAUUAAAAAGUCUGCGACAGAGCUCUUACAGCCGACACCGUCUCCGGAGGGUGCCGCUGCAAUGGGUGCUCCACGCCGACCUGAAAGCUACCGAGAGCCACCCCCCCUGCUAGAUGAGGACGAGGGUACUAGAGUGGGUCCGAGCACGCAUCUGAAUGAGAGCGCAGAGUCCGAUAAAGAAAAUGAGCCCACCCCAGCUGCACCUGCCCCGAUACCCCAUCCCCGAACAAAACCGUCCAACCGGACUCUAAAUCACUUGCAGCAGCAAUUGAACAAAUGUCAUCUGCCAACUGCCGGUCGUGAUCUUCAGAUCCUGACCCAGGAAAGCGUUUUCCUCCACCCUGCCGCUCCCCAAAGUCAUCGGUCUGGGGUUAUAAGAGACGCUAUAUUGGAGAGAGAGUGGCAGGCUGCUUCUGCUGUUGCAUGUCCAGUGCGGACCACCUCUUUACCAGAUGGUUCAGCAGCCGCAGCGUGGAAACCUUUUGAUUGGAAGUUUAUGCAGCAGCUACGACAAGCCGUUACACCAUAUGGAUUACAAUCUGAACCAGCCAAGCACCUGCUGAAUUAUUUGUUUGACUCUGAAAUCAUGACACCCAGUGACUGUACUUCGCUAGCCAGAUUGCUUCUUACACCAGUACGGUUCCCCGUGCCCCGCCAGCAUGCUGUGCCAUACCCCGCAGCUCCCCCCGCUCGCCCACCCACCCACCGCCACGGAUCCCCCCAGCUGCUGGCGAAAAGUGGAGUCCAGAGUUCGGUGUAGAGCUGCAGAUCGCACCCCCGCCGGUGGUAACACCGCGUGGAGUAAAUCGCGGCAGGGCUCUCCGCUAAAUUCCUCUCUGUGAGGGCGGGGGGGGGGGGCACUACGGAAGGCCGCGACGAGUAAAUCGCGGCAGGGCUUCUCCGCGCUGAUAUCCUUUCUGUGAAAGGGGAGAGCUCUGAGAAGACCGCGAUGGAAUUAGAUGCGGCAAUUAAACUGUUAACUGACAUCCUCCUUGGGAGAGGGGAGGGCGUUAAAGAGACAGAAGUGGAGACCUUAGUUCGCUGGGCACGGAAAAAAAAAAAAAAACAAAACAAAAAAAAAACCAGUAGCGGCGGCACCCAUAGAAGCGUUGGGGAGAGAUGUGGUAGAAAAGCCAGUAGAGCAGAAGGGUGAUUCACCUAAGCCUUCUCUCUUGGCUACACUUUUCGGAGUUGGGCAUACUCGUCCUAUGAAGGGUAUGUCCGCCCCUGCGUGUUCAACAGUGCCGGAGCUUUCAGGUAAGACAGCGGACAAACCGAAAGUUACUCCUCGAGAGCCUGCGGUACUGAGCCGAACCCGGAAAAGGCGGCCGAGCCCCCCCAGGAGGGCGGGGCAGCGAGUCCUGCUGCACCAAUCACGUCAGGGCUGGCAGAAGCGCCGUGCGGUGACGUAUCCUCCUCAUCCUGAAACGUCAUCGGACGGGUUUGAGGAAGAAGGCGGGGAGAAACCUUGUGAUAACAAUACAGAGAAAUCCUUACAGGAGGUAAUAGAUAAAUUAAGAAAACUGGAAAAGCGAGUUAUAAUGAACCUGCCUACUACUUCAAUACCUGUAAUUCCUCCAGUUAGCCCAACUACCCCACCGACGCUGAACUCGAGAAAAGAUCCAAUUCUACAGUGUUGGUCUGGUGUUAUUCAUAAUGCUAUUUUGGAGGGUGAUUGGCAGCUGACCAGCUCGUUAGCUUGUCCAGUACUGAUUAAUAGCCUUGAUGCACAUAAUUGGGACAUGAUUUAUGGAAGGUUAAUGUUCAGAUGUUAGCAAUGGCAGUGUUGCAACCUGCUCUUCCACCUUUUAUGAUGAUCCCUCAGAUUUGGCAAAUUGUUGUGAUAGACUUGAAAGACUGGUUUUUUUUCACGAUUCCAUUACACCCUGAUGACACACAAAGAGACUCACUAACGAUGAUUUGCAUCCGUUCCGAUCCUGGUUGCAUGGCACCGAAGCCAACAGUCCUCGAACUUGUUCACCAGAACAGCGGGCUGCCCUAGAAGUUGUGUCCCGCAAGAUUCAGACUGGCUGGUGUGGUC